ACUUAUAAGUGACAAUUAAAUAUUUUAAUUCAGUGGACGGAAAGAUGUUGCGAAUAACGCAUAUUAUCCUAAUAGUUUUAGCAACCAAUUUGAUUGGUGCAAAAUAUAUUCCAGACGAUGAUCAAGAUGUGAACCCUGAAAUCGAGCCCCAUUGGGAUUCGGAGUGGUACGCUCAGCCCGGCCAGUUCCCGCAUCACGCAAAGCUGCGCAUCAUUACGCGGUAUGGCUGGCCGAGGGUCUGCAGUGGUGCACUUAUCGACCGCGGCUGGGUACUUACUGCCGCGCAUUGCGUUGCUGAUGCUGCGCGUGCCACAGUCCGUAUCGGAGGCAUAACCGAAAGCGCCAGCGAAUACGUCGCGGAGACGCGGGAGUUCCACAUUCACGAACUGUACAACACCAUGUUCCCCACCGCGCAGCCCAACAACAUCGCCCUUUUGCGACUUAGCCCUGAUGUCGCUUUGUCACCAAACGUACAAGCUAUACGCAUCCAGGCAUCUUCCGAAGCUAACAUGGAAUUUAGCAAUGUUAUAGUAAAAGUCAGCGGUUACAGAAGGAGAAUACCUACAGGGCCGAUUGAGAGAUUGCAUUGGCUGUACCUAAACGGCAUCACGAACGACGCCUGCAAGCGGAUAUACGGCGCUCUCGUUAAUGACGCCACGCUGUGUGCGAGCCAGGACGCCGUCACUAUGAAAUCUCAUUGCCUUGAUGACGAAGGCGCACCAUUAGUUUAUGAGGGCAGAAAUAACGCCACCGUAUUAGUUGGUAUCACCUCAUUCCUUGGUACUGGACCCUGGCCUUGCGGAGGUGGUAUGCCUGCAGGUUUCGUGCGUGUUGGAGCCUACCACGACUGGCUAACAAAAAUCACUGGCAUUAAAUUUGAUGUCAUAGAGGAAACCACUACUACUACAACAACCACUACCACUACGACAACUACAACUACAACUGUCGCUCCAACCACUACUACUACAACCACAGCACCCACAACUGUUACGACGGAGACAACGAAUGCUACUGUUACCGACGCCCCAACCACUGUUUCAUCGACCUCUACAACCAAUGCUCCUGUAACGACUACUACAACUGUUUCUCCCAACACCACUACUACCGAAUCUAUUAACACAACAAUUACUGAUGCUCCAACUACUACCCCUGUUGCUCCGACGACAUCUACUACUACUCCUAUCCCAACUAACACUACCACUAGUGCUCCGACAACUACCACUACUUACCCAACUAACACUACCACUAGUGCUCCAACAACUACCACCACUUACCCAACUAACACUACCACUAGUGCUCCGACAACAAAUUCCACUACGCCUAUCCCAACAAACACUACCACUAUUGCUCCGACAACUACCACUACUUACCCAACUAAUACCACCACUACUGCUCCAACAACUACCACUACUUACCCAACUAACACUACCACUAGUGCUCCGACAACUACCACUACUUACCCAACUAACACUACCACUAGUGCUCCGACAACUACCACUACGUAUCCAACUAACACUACCACUAGUGCUCCAACAACUAAUUCUACUACACCUGUCCCAACAAACACUACCACUAGUGCUCCGACAACUACCACUACUUACCCAACUAAUACCACCACUAGUGCUCCAACAACUAAUUCUACUACGCCUGUCCCAACAAACACUACCACUAGUGCUCCGACAACUACCACUACUUACCCAACUAAUACCACCACUACUGCUCCAACAACUAAUUCUACUACGCCUGUCCCUACAAACACUACCACUAGUGCUCCGACAACUACCACUACUUACCCAACUAAUACCACCACUACUGCUCCAACAACUAAUUCUACUACGCCUGUCCCUACAAACACUACCACUAGUGCUCCGAUGACUACCACAACGCCUAUUCCAACAAUCACAACCACUAUUGCUCCAACAACAACCACUAUUUCCCCGACUAACACUACCACUCCGCCGACGACUACCACAACAACCGAAUAUCCUGGAUUUACAACAGUGCCACCAAGCACGACCUCCGCUCCAACAAACAUCACUACCACAACCCCGCCUGUCAACAUCACCACUAUUUCUCCAAACACGACAACAACUGCUUUGCCUACAAUUACAACAAGCCCUCCUACGAAUGUUACAACUUCAUCCCCUCCGACAACAGAGGAACCCGAAUCAGAAUCCGAGUCCGACUCAUCUGAGUCAGAUGAAGAUUGGGACUUAGACGAGGAUCCUGAACUCAACGAGCUUCGCAAGAAGUUGGAAGUGAAGGUCAAAGUGAAGGUCAAGCUGUCGAAGAAUAAAAAGAAGUACACACACAAGCACGAACAUAACCAUACGAUAACGAAUUAAUCCGUUAUAUCUUCACUACGAUAAUCUAAACGAUAAUCAAAAUUUUACAAUGUUGCCUUAUUUAGUGCGAAAUGUAACCG